AUGGAUGGAGAUGUUCCCGGCCACUCGGCGGAUGCCGACCGCGAAAUGACCCGGCUUUGGCGCACCUGGCGGACGGUCUAUGAAUUGCUUGCGGACCGGGGCUACGAAGUGUCCGACAAAGAAUUGCAAAUCUCGCUCGAUGACUUCCGCGAGACAUAUUCAGACCCGUUGGGCUUCCCUGACCGCACCAAGAUGAAAAUCCAGGCCCGCCCCACCGAAUCCAUGAAGACCAAGUACACGCCGCUGCCGAACAAAUCGAACCCCAACCCGCAGCCCGACUGCGGCACAAUCUACGUCGACUUUUGCCCCGAUGCCUCGGGCGUGGGGACGAAGCAAGUGCGCGCGUUCAACCACCUCGUCGACGAGAGCAACUACCACACCGGCAUUUUCAUCACCCAAACUCCCAUUUCUCCCUCGGCCGUGCGCCUGCUGAGCGGUGUGCCCGGCCGCAUCUGCGAGCACUUCCAGGAACAGGACCUGCUGGUCAACAUCACCCGCCACGAGCUCGUCCCCAAGCACGUCCUCCUCAGCCCCGAGGAGAAGCUCCGGCUGUUGGAGCGGUACCGCCUGAAGGAGUCGCAGCUGCCGCGCAUGCAAGUGUCAGAUCCCGUUGCUCGGUACCUCGGUCUGCGCCGCGGUCAGGUCGUCAAGAUUAUCCGCAAGAGUGAGACCGCUGGUCGGUAUGCCAGUUACCGGUGGGUGAUUUAA